AUGACCGUCAAGGAGGCCCAGUCCGAGUGUGGUGACCAGGCUCAGCUGUUUUGCUGCAACAAGGCCGCCUACGCUGGUGACACCACUGAUGUCAACUCCGGUCUUGGUGGUGGCCUCCUCUCCAACCUGAUCGGCUCUGACUCCGUUGCCGAUGGUACUGGUAUCUUCGACCAGUGCUCCAAGCUCGAUGCUCAGCUCCACGUCGUCGCCGUUGCGCCCCUCCAGGACCUCAUCAACCAGCGCUGCAAGCAGAACAUUGCCUGCCGUGCCAACUCUCCCUCCGAUGCCAGCAACGAGCUCAUUGGCGCUGGUCUGCCUUGCAUUGCCCUUGGCUCCAUUCUGUAA